AUGGGGAAGCUGCUAUCGAAGAUCUUCGGCAAGAAAGAGAUGCGAAUUCUUAUGCUAGGCUUAGAUGCUGCUGGAAAAACUACCAUUCUGUACAAGUUGAAAUUGGGUCAAUCGGUUACGACCAUUCCUACAGUUGGUUUUAAUGUGGAAACGGUGACGUAUAAAAAUGUGAAAUUUAACGUAUGGGACGUAGGAGGUCAGGAUAAGAUUCGGCCACUGUGGAGGCACUACUAUACAGGCACUCAAGCACUAAUUUUUGUAUUGGAUGCUGCUGACCGUGACAGAGUUGAUGAAGCACGCGUUGAACUUCACCGUAUAAUUAAUGAUAGAGAGAUGAAAGACGCGAUAAUUCUUGUCUUUGCCAACAAGCAAGAUCUUCCUGAUGCAAUGAAGCCUCAUGAAAUCCAAGACAAACUAGGUCUCACGCGAAUUCGAGACAGGAAUUGGUAUGUUCAGCCGACUUGCGCUGCACAGGGAGAUGGUUUGCAUGAAGGACUAUCUUGGCUCAGUAGUAACUGCAAGCCUUAG